CCGACGCGUCGCGUCACUAGCGCUGUCUGAACAGUCUGGCGGGAGAGACCCCGGCUCGUGUUGUCCGUCAGUUUAUGAACGGUGUUCGUGAAAUAAUAUUUGUUUUUACAUCAACACGUUACUCUAGAUCAAAUCUUGCGUUCUUUUUUCUUUUAAUUUGGGAGGAGAGACCCCAUAGACUUCUCUAUUCUCCUGCUUUAACAGUAUAGUCUACGGUAUUGCACUUUCACAACAUAAAAUAGCUCGCAAGCUAAAAAAAAAAGUGAAGCCAAGGAUUCGAGCGUUUACUUUAAAACUAGAGCAAUGGCAAAAGUGCAAGUGUUAAAUGUAGCUGUGCUGGACAACCCUAGUCCAUUUGGAAACCCGUUUCAAUUCGAAAUAACGUUUGAGUGCAUGGAGGACCUUCCUGAGGAUCUCGAAUGGAAGAUUAUUUACGUUGGCUCCGCAGAAAGUGAGGAGUAUGAUCAGACCCUUGACUCUGUCCUGGUUGGUCCAGUUCCUGCAGGCCGACACAUGUUUGUUUUUCAGGCAGAAGCUCCAAACCCUAACCUCAUACCUGAGAGUGAUGCUGUGGGUGUUACUGUCGCGCUGAUCACAUGCACAUACAGAGGACAGGAGUUCAUUCGCAUCGGCUACUAUGUUAACAAUGAGUAUACGGACACGGAGCUUCGUGAGAACCCACCCGUUAAACCCAACUAUGGACAGCUCCAGAGGAACAUUCUGGCUUCCAACCCUCGUGUAACCAGAUUUCACAUCAACUGGGAGGGAUGUGCUGAGAAAAUGGAGGAUUCGGAGAACGUGGACCCCGCACCCAACGCCAUGCUGCCGCCGUCCUGCGCCCCAGGAAAAGCCCCUCCGCUUGGCCUGGUGCCAGACAACUCCAUGGACUGUUUGUAGUGACGCAGGCUCCUGUGAAUAAUCCUCACAUCUCAAGGCUCAUCCAUGAGCUCAGGUCAAUCUGGACACUGUGGAGGAGAGGCGGGAAAAAAAAAACACAUCAGAGGGGGGUUAUAUCAUUUUGUUACAGUUGUCACGCCUGUUUGAAACAAAUCAGUGGUGUGACUCUGCACAAUAUCCUCCGGUACGCAAUAAACAUAUUUGCUUUUCAGUUUGAAACCUGAAUGGAGAGCUGGUGAGUCAUGUGUCUGAGACAUGAUUUAGGUAUUAGGAUGUGCUGCAUCUAAUGCCGUUUGAUCCAAACCCGAUUCUCAAACUGAAAGGCGAUGGAAGAUCAGCUUAGUUGAUAAGAUGUCAGAUGCAUAAUUCAUUGAACAGACACAAUCAGCAAAACCUAAAGGUUACAGCUACUCUGGAUGAUGCUUUUUUGUGGGUGGGACUGUAUUAUAUUGUGUAUAAAUAUAUAUAUCUGUUUUUUUGUAUGCCAGUUCACCUCGAAAUAAAUGUUUUGAUACGUUACAAUGCUCA